GGCGCCGACCCUACGUUUCUAAGUUAGAGCAUUAACCUGAGGGAAGAUGAAAUAUGUGUCUAACUAGGAAUUCGUAGGCCGUAUCCUCCACUUCCUCGCGUCGAAUGAUAUAGUUCGAGAAACGGGAGAGGAUGAGUUUAGUGCAACUGCGGUUACUCGGACCCUUGCCCGUCCAGGGUUCCAGGCAGGAAUUUCUCAUUCGUUCAUGGCUUCCAUGCCAUGUCUUCAAGAGACACCACAGUUUCUUGCCGACACCAAAUACGCCAACCCGACCGAUGUCUUGCAUGGCCCCUUUCAGAUCGUCCACAAGACUGAUAAACCGGCUUAUGCAUGGGCUAUGGGACAGCCCAAGCUCAUGGCCGACUUCAAUCUGUGGAUGGCUGAGCAACACCAGGGUCAGAGGACCUGGCUGGACGUCUUCGACUUUGAAAAUCAUGUGCGAAGCUCAACGGCAGACACCAUCGUAUUCGUUGAUGUUGGCGGCGGAAUUGGGCAGCAGUGUGCUCUUCUCAAGAAAACACACCCUCAGGUCCCGGGCCGCGUGGUUCUGCAGGAUCAGCCUUUUGUGCUGCCCCAUGCCGUCCCCGUAGAUGGGGUCGAGAAGCAAACUUUUGACCUCUGGGCUGAACAGCCCAUUAAAGGCGCUCGGAUAUAUUACAUGCGGAAUAUACUGGAAGACUAUCCCGAUGAUAAGGCAAUCAUCAUCCUGAAAAAUACGAUGCUUUCCAUGGCACAAGACUCGCUCCUCAUCAUCGAUGAGUUGAUCAUUCCUAACCGUGGUGCAAGUCCACGUUCGACGUUUCAGGACAUGACCAUGAUGAUUACUUUGGCAUCGGCGGAAAGGACUGAGCGGCAGUGGGAUGCUCUUCUCGAUAGGGCAGGUCUGGCUGUGCGAUAGAAAACCGCGUACAAUACUGCCACGGGGGAGAGUAUCAUAGUAACAGCCGCCACGACGAGCCAUUAGACACGGCCGUGCAGCAUGUUCGAUAUUGCUAAAGUCAAUGGCUAGUUCACUUCGCAAUUUGCCCAGUAAGGUACCAUAAGCACGACGGCUCCAGGUAGCUAAAAAGGGGACAUUUUCGGAUUGUAACCUUGACCUGGGUGAUUAUAAUUUAUCAGGUGUCAGAAAAUACAAUUAAUCAUGCCUUAAAUCCCUUAUUCAAUUCCGAUUUUACUCUGCCUCAACGUCACAAGGCUUGCAUACGACAUACGACUAUAAAUUUAUACCUAUAGAUAUAUCUUAGGCAACUAUCCACGUUCUUGCGUUAAUUUCUUGUAAGGGGUGGCCUUUCCAUUCAUGUGGC